ACCAUGGUGCAUUUUACUGCCGAGGAGAAGGCUGCUGUUACUAGCCUGUGGGCCAGGGUGAAUGUGGAGUUGGUUGGAGGCGAGGUCCUGGGAAGGCUCCUGGUUGUUUAUCCAUGGACCCAGAGGUUCUUUGACAAUUUUGGCAAUUUGUCCUCUGAGUCUGCAAUAAUGGGCAACCCCAAGGUCAAGGCCCAUGGCAAGAAGGUGCUGACUUCCUUUGGAAAUGCUAUUAAACAUAUGGAUGAUCUCAAGGACACCUUUGCUGAGCUAAGUGAACUGCACUGUGACAAGCUGCAUGUGGAUCCGGAGAACUUCAAGCUUCUAGGUAACAUGAUAUUGAUUGUCUUGGCAACUCACUUCAGCAAGGAGUUUACUCCCCAAACGCAGGCUGCAUGGCAGAAGCUGACAACUGCUGUGGCUAAUGCUCUGGCACACAAGUACCACUGA